UUUUUGUGAUUGUGGUUAUGGAUGGGUUUAUGAUUUAUUCACGGCUCUUUCAUUGCGGAAAAUGCAUGUGGGUGUGGGUGAGAAAGAGCAAGAGAACGUGGGAAUAAUUGAAUCAAGACUCAGAACAACCCCUCAUACGUACAGACUUUCAAAGACAAAUUCACAUUAUUAUUUUAUAUAUUUCUAUUUUAGUUCUCUUUAGUUUCAGAGCUCACAUGCUACACCUUGUUGUAUUACUUGUCCUGGUCCCUUAUUUAAAGCUGAACCUCUGGUUGGAAAUGACAAUAAAUGUAAACAAAAGUACAUUAAUUCUCAACUCUCAUAAUCACUCACUUACCUUCUCUUUUUCUUCUCUCUUUGCUCUCUCAUCCAAUUAAUAAUAAUGGCCAAACUCAUUUUUGCAUUGGCAAUCUUGGUUGGACUAGUACUCAAUAUUUCUACCAAAGUGGGUGCAUUUGCCGCAUCUGGAUGGACUCCAGCUCAUGCUACAUUCUAUGGUGGAAGUGAUGCCUCGGGCACUAUGGGUGGGGCUUGUGGAUAUGGUAAUUUGUAUCAAGCAGGGUAUGGUACUAGGACUGCUGCAUUAAGCACAGCUUUGUUCAACGAUGGAGCUUCAUGUGGGCAAUGCUAUAAGAUCAUGUGUGACUAUAAAACAGAUCCAAGAUGGUGUGUCAAAGGAUCUUCUAUCACUAUCACAGCCACCAAUUUUUGCCCACCAAACUUUGCUCUUCCAAAUAACAAUGGAGGCUGGUGCAACCCACCACUCAAGCAUUUUGACAUGGCUCAACCUGCUUGGGAAAAAAUUGGUAUUUACAGGGGAGGCAUCAUACCUGUUGUGUUCCAAAGGGUUCCAUGCAACAAGAAGGGUGGAGUUAGAUUCAGCAUCAAUGGGAGGAACUACUUUGAGCUUGUUUUGAUAAGCAAUGUAGGAGGGGCUGGAUCUAUUCAAUCUGUUUCUAUUAAAGGCUCAAAAACCUCUGGAUGGAUGUCCAUGUCAAGGAAUUGGGGAGCUAAUUGGCAGUCUAAUUCCUUUCUCAAUGGUCAAUCUCUAUCCUUUAAGGUCACCACUACUGAUGGUGUAACUAGACAAUUCCUAAAUGUUGUUCCAGCAAAUUGGUCAUUUGGCCAAACAUUUGCAAGUCGAGUCCAGUUCUAAAAGCUCAAGAAUAGCUUAGGGUUCAAGGUUUAGAGUUUUGAUCGGAUAGGCCGAGGCGUGCUUGGUAUUUUCAUGAAGCAGCCCGCCGCUAUUUUCUGGUCAUCCAAUCAGAUUGAAUGAAUAUAUUUUGGGGAGCAAAAACCUGUGAACUCAAAGCUAGGCUAGCUACUACCUUUUCAAUUAUUCUUCCUUUCCUUUUGUUUCUCUAAUUUAGCAAGAGAAAUGGAACAGGCAUAUGGCCAAGGAUGUUUCUCCUUCCUUUAUGUGUGGAUUUUGUAUUUGUUAUAGUACUCAAAUAAAGAGUGUAUUAUUUGAAGGUGCAA